AUGGGUCUUAGAGACAUCGGUGCUUCGCUGCCUCCAGGGUUUCGGUUUUAUCCGAGUGAUGAAGAGUUGGUAUGUCAUUAUCUUCACAAAAAGAUCACAAAUGAGGAAGUUCUGAAGGAUACCUUGGUGGAAAUUGACUUGCACAUAUGCGAACCAUGGCAGCUUCCAGAGGUGGCUAAGCUCAAUGCAAACGAAUGGUACUUCUUCAGCUUUCGGGACCGCAAAUAUGCUACUGGAUUUAGAGCCAACCGGGCCACCUCAUCUGGAUAUUGGAAAGCAACAGGGAAGGAUCGUACGGUGCUUGAUCCGAUGACGCAGGAGGUUGUAGGAAUGAGGAAGACAUUGGUGUUCUAUAGGAACAGAGCUCCAAAUGGCAUCAAAACAGGAUGGAUCAUGCAUGAGUUCCGCUUGGAGACCCCACACAUGCCUCCCAAGGAGGACUGGGUGUUGUGCAGAGUCUUCAACAAAAGCAAAGAAGAUAAUAGUUCCAAACUCAGUUCACAACUCAUGUAUGAUACCACAACUCCAUCCCUAACUUUGGUUUCAUCAUCUCCAUCCAACCAAACCAUGCCUGGUGGGUAUAACAGACAUGCCUCUUUCUCUUCCUUGAUGGCAACCCAUCAUCAUCAUCUUCAUCAUCAUUUAAACCCGAACCAAAACAGUUCUUCAAUGAAUCUCCUUCAGUUUUCUCGGGAAACAAACACCAACAGUAGCACUGUUACUCAAAUUAGUUCCAGAUGUGAUGAUGGAUAUGACUUCUUAUGGGACAUGGAUAAUAGCCUAGAAGAUGGCGUGGCCUCAAACUUGGACGCAAUAAGAUUCGAGGUUGAUAAUAAUAAUAAUAAUAUGGUCUUGUUAUAA